ACCUGAAACCCUGAGGCUACUUUAAAACAGUGUACACAUAUACAAAUGGUUCUGGACAUCACAAAUCAAGUAGAAUUAGUAUUAAAGAAAAGUUCAUACACAUAUCAGAGGAAUAUUUAAAUUGAAGACUGUUUUAGUACAUGCACUAUAUACAUUCAAUACCUGGUACCUUUCUGACCAUUGGAUGUGACAAAGUUAAACAAGACAUAUUUUUCUGAGUCUUCUAUACUGAAGUGUUCAUCAUGAUUCCCAAACACACAAGUGGCACAAUGGACGACACCAUGCAGAUAGUCCUAGCAGUGGUUAGUUCUGUAGCUUCUGUAUUCAUUCUUCUGUUGGCUGUGUUUGUGUGUGCGUGUUGCUGGCAGAAGAAACGUGGCAGUGACGAAGAACAUGUAGAUAAACUGGUACAGAAGUAUACACCACAGGACACGGAUACCAGACAGCUUGGGAAGAGGUCAUGGGAGGACAAAGAUUCAACAGUGGGGUUCCAGUCUGGGUCUCCUAUGCUGAGAAGAAAAACUAUCAAUAUUAUCAAUGGUCUAUUAGACAGAUUUGAGAGGCCUAGCCGUAACCCUGUUGUUGCAGAACAUGUUCAGCCAUCUUCAUCUACACAUUCUGCCUUGAACGAUUCUCUAGGAAUGAGGAACCCAGGAACAUACCAGUCCAUAAACUCAGCAGGACCUCAAAACCAUCGAAGAGACUCUAGACUUGUCCAAUUACAAGAUGAGACAUUAUCACAAUCAAACUCACAAAAGUCCACAACAAGUACAGAUGAAGAAAAUGGCAGUGUUUGGAAGGGAAUGAAAAACUUCGCUAAUAUGUUAAUGGAAGAUCCCGUUGUUGAAGAAGAGUUGCCUCCACCAGAUCCUACAGAGGGCGUUGAUUGUGGAUUAGGAAAAUUACAAAUUUCACUUAGUUAUGAUUUUCAAACUUUAACAUUAACUUUAAAAGUGUUACAAGCAACAAAUUUAAUUGCCAAAGACUUUUCGGGAACUAGUGACCCUUAUGUUAAAAUAUUAUUACUACCCGACAAAAAACAUAAACUUUUAACAAAAGUGAAGAAACGCAAUCUCAACCCACGAUGGAAUGAAUGUUUCCUCUUUGAAGGCUGGCCACACAACAAGUUAUUAGAGAAGACAUUAUAUUUACAAGUAAUAGAUUAUGACAGAUUUAGUAGAGAUGAUCCUAUAGGAGAAACUUACAUUCCUCUUAAUGAAAUUGAUCUGUCACAAUCUCCUGUAAUGUGGAGGUUUCUACAGCCAUGUAAAGACAGUCGGGGUAAAAUAGGAGAACUCUUGCUGUCGUUGUCCUACCAGCCUGCGGUAGGACGUCUCACUGUGAUAGUGAUGAAAGCCAAAGAUCUCAAGGCAAAAGAUAUAACUGGUGCUUCAGUAUUGUUUAAAAAGAUCAAGUAUGGUACAUCAGAUCCCUAUGUCAAGUUAUGGCUGAUGUACGGGAAUGCUAAGACAGAGAAGAAGAAAACGUCAAUCAAAAUGAGGACAUUAAAUCCAGUAUACAAUGAAUCGUUCAUCUUUGAGAUUCCGUGGGAGAGGAUUAGAGAGGCUACAAUUGAAGUGACAGUCAUGGACUUUGACAAAGUGGGACGCAAUGAAAUGAUUGGCAAAGUUAUGUUAGGUAGCAAAAGUGGACCUUUAGAAUCUCGACACUGGAACGAUAUGAUCACAAAACCACGACAGCAAGUGGCUCAGUGGCAUCUGUUAAAAGACUGAUUAUUUCAGUGCCUCAUUCACAAGCUUCACUGUGGCAUAUGUCAAAGAUCUAACAUCAGUUUGUCAUUCAUCUAUAUGUACUCUAUGCAGAAACAUAUCUGCCAAGCUAUAUAAUUAUCUGCAGCAGCUUGAGAACUUCUCUGUAAUAUACAAUGCCUAAUUUUAGGUUUUCUGGUGAGUGCAGAAAGUAACAAUUUUAUUGAUAUAUUCCACAUUUUCAUUUCAUUUCCAAGUUCAAUCAAGAAAAUGUAAAAAAGAUGGAUAUUUAUGUACUUUUAUCAUCUUAUGACCAAUCUGUAAAAUUGAGUUAGAAAAUCUCACUGAUAAUUUCCAUUUGCAUUCUACAAUUUUGUCUUUUAUUAUUCAUGUCAACAACAAU